UGGAGAGCAGAGAGGAAAGACUGGUACAGACUGAACCUGCUUUGUAGGAGGGAUCCUGGUUAGAUAAGGGGAAGGACCCAAGGCAGGGACAUCUCCUCUGGCAGUGUUGGCACAAAGAUAGGAGGGGCAAUGGGGAAGGGGCCAUGACAACAUGAAAUUAUAAAAAGUAUUUUGGGCUACCUUAGCAGGAACUGGGAAUAAAUGAUGGCCUGACUUCCCUGUCAGAGGAUGUUGGAUGAAUCUCUGUGGCUUCCCUGUCUUCUCAGCCCUGAUCCCUCUCGCAUCCCAGCUCCCCCAGCAUGAGGCGGGGGUAGGGGGGGCGGUAUAGGAGAUCAGCCAGGGAGCUGGUUGCCAGGCGACAGUUGCCUAAGCAACCCCAUCCUCUCCAUCUCCAUGUGCUCAGGGCUGCUCCUUAGAAGACUUUAAAGUCUCACCCUCUGUACCAGCCAACCUAAGGGUGGAGAGGGUUGAGGACUAGAGUGGCAGAGGUGGUUGGAAGGUAAAUGGUUUCCAAAUCGACAGGCUUCAAGUACAGCUGGGAGAGGAAGGGUAGCUGGUCCUGUAGCAGGACUGAUUAAAGGACCACAAGAAGGACUUCUCAAAGGGUCACAAAGAUGAAACAAUCCUUUCUUCCUUUAUUUCCUGAGCUCCUCCUUACAUGGGACAGAGUAGUAAAAAAGACAGAUGUGGUUCCUGCCCUCAUAGGGGAGCCAAGCAUUAAAUAGAAGCACAGAAUUAUAAUAAUUUAGUCAUGAUAAGUGCUAGAAAGAAAGGAACAAGAUAUCGUGAGAGUAAACAAUUGGGGGAACCAAAGAGUGAGGUUGGCUUGCAGGAAUGACUUUUCUGAUUGUCAUGAGAGCUAGGAGAGUCUUCUCUCCUAGCUUGGAGGAAGACAUAGUAUUGGCCAUAAGUUGACAGAGGUUACAUCUCAGCAAGAAUUUGCUUGUGAACAAAGGGUGGUGAGAAGGAGAUAGUAAAAUGUGAGAGGGAAGGCAGUUAGAUACUAUUAGCCAGAGGAAUGCUGUAAUGACUACAUGUACCAGUCUGGAUUGUGGUCUCCAAGACAGGGCAGAGAGUCCUGUUUAAAAAGCCCUCUUCUUAGCCCCACUCCCCUGCUCUCAGUGUGUCCUCCUAACCUCCCCUGCCAAGCUCUAGAAAAUACCAACUUUGGAUUGCAUUGGAGGCAGGGGAGCUGAAAUCCCUGGGCUGGAGCCUUUGCAGUGAGGGUUUGGCAGAGAUUGGGGUUACUGGCAGGGAAUGGUGAGAGAAUGGAGCAGUUAUGGGUGCAGGUAUCUGCUGGGCCACUCGGGUUGUCUGGCUUGUGUUGGUGUUGCCCUUGGGACCUUGUGAGGGGGGACAGUAGGAGGCCCAGGCCGCAUGGAGCAGGUUGAGAACAAGGAAGAGGGAAAGAUCAUCUCUAGAGGUUCCUUCCAGGAGUGGGAGGGAGCUGCAUUGCUUUCUGAAGGAGGCUGUGCAGAAGGUGUCCUGCAGACCAUGAACUGAGCACUGGUCCCAGACCGUUCAUGAGCACAGUGUGAGGCGUGCCGAGACCCGCCACCCAGCGAUCCCCUCCCCUCCCUAGCACUGAGGAUCCCCGGAGAAGAUGGGGAGGAAAAAGAUUCAGAUCCAGCGAAUCACUGAUGAGCGGAACCGACAGGGGAAGAGCCAGGAAGUCCUUCUGUUCUCCUUCCCUGACCUCGUUAUAGUCCCCAGAACAGAGAUGUGGAGGUCCGUCCAUCUGAAUCCUCUGCCUUCAGUGACAUUCACCAAGCGGAAGUUCGGGCUCAUGAAGAAGGCGUAUGAGCUAAGUGUGUUAUGUGACUGCGAGAUUGCGCUCAUCAUCUUCAACCACUCCAACAAGCUGUUCCAGUAUGCCAGCACCGACAUGGACAAGGUGCUGCUCAAGUACACCGAGUACAACGAGCCGCAUGAGAGCCGCACCAAUGCUGACAUCAUCGAGACCCUGAGGAAGAAGGGCUUCAACGGCUGCGACAGCCCCGAGCCCGACGGGGAGGACUCGCUGGAACAGAGCCCCCUGCUGGAGGACAAGUACCGGCGCGCCAGCGAGGAGCUGGACGGGCUCUUCCGGCGCUAUGGGUCAGCUGUCCCGGCCCCCAACUUUGCCAUGCCUGUGACAGUGCCCGUGUCCAAUCAGAGCUCACUGCAGUUCAGCAAUCCCAGCAGUUCCCUGGUCACCCCCUCCCUGGUGACAUCAUCCCUCACGGACCCACGGCUCCUGUCCCCCCAGCAGCCAGCACUACAGAGGAACAGUGUGUCUCCUGGCCUGCCCCAGCGCCCAGCCAGUGCAGGGGCCAUGCUGGGGGGCGACCUCAACAGUGCUAACGGAGCCUGCCCCAGCCCUGUGGGGAAUGGCUACGUCAGUGCUCGGGCUUCUCCUGGUCUCCUCCCUGUGGCCAAUGGCAACAGCUUAAACAAGGUCAUCCCUGCCAAGUCUCCACCCCCACCCACCCACAGCGCCCAGCUUGGAGCCCCCAGCCGCAAGCCUGACCUGAGGGUCAUCACUUCCCAGGGAGGAAAGGGGUUAAUGCACCACUUGACUGAGGACCAUUUAGAUCUGAACAAUGCCCAGCGCCUUGGGGUCUCCCAGUCUACCCACUCGCUCACCACCCCAGUGGUUUCCGUGGCAACACCGAGUUUACUCAGCCAGGGCCUUCCCUUCUCUUCCAUGCCCACCGCCUACAACACAGAUUACCAGUUGACCAGUGCGGAGCUCUCCUCCUUACCGGCCUUCAGCUCACCUGGGGGGCUGUCGCUAGGCAAUGUCACCGCCUGGCAGCAGCCACCACAGCCCCAGCAGCCACCCCAGCCGCUGCAGCCUCCGCAGCCUCAGCCCCAGCCGCAGCCGCAGCCUCAGCAGCAGCAGCAGCCGCAGCAGCAGCCCCACCUGGUCCCUGUGUCUCUCAGCAACCUAAUCCCUGGCAGCCCCCUGCCCCAUGUGGGUGCUGCCCUCACGGUCACCACCCACCCCCACAUCAGCAUCAAAUCAGAACCUGUGUCCCCAAGCCGUGAACGCAGCCCUGCACCUCCCCCUCCAGCUGUAUUCCCAGCUACCCGCCCUGAGCCUGGUGACAGUCUCAGCAGCCCAGCUGGGGGCUCCUAUGAGACGGGGGACCGGGAUGACGGACGGGGGGACUUCGGGCCUACACUUGGCCUGCUGCGUCCAGCCCCAGAGCCUGAGGCCGAGGGCUCAGCUGUGAAGAGGAUGCGGCUCGACACCUGGACAUUAAAGUGACGGUCCCCUCUCCCCUCCUCUCAGCCUCCCUGAUGAAGAGUUGACAAUCUCACCGCCCACCCCCUGUCCUGGGCUCCUCCCGCUUGACCCUCACUUCCUUUCUUGUGCUCCGUGUCCUGUUGACGGUUACAUUUGUGUAUAAUUAUUAUAUUAUUAUUAUUAAUAUUAUUUUUUUUUAAUUUGGAUUCUUACUUUGGAGAAGGGGAUGCUCCCAUCCCCUCUUUCUGCACCCCCUGCCAUUUUCACUGGCGCGGGAGCUCUUUUUUGCGGGAAGCGGGGAACACUUUGCACGUUGUACACAUAUGCUGCAGGAGGGGGUGGGGGCCCAUGGGCCUUUGGGAAAGGACAGGUGCCGAGCCCUGCAUGCGGAGUCCUCCCACCCCAUCCCCCAGAUAGAGGGAAAUAACCAAAAAAACUACCAAACAACAAAACCCUUACAAUAGACUAAAACCCCAAAGUUGGCUUGAUGGUGGGUUUGUGUUUCAGAGGAGAGUGAGGAAGGGGCCCUGCAAAGGGUUUCUGCUUCUGGGCUGUUCCAGUGGCCACAAGCAUAUGGGGCAGAACACCCAAGCCUGGCCCGCACAUACCCCUGCACACGCCUGACACUCACUGACUCUUGUGUGAGCUGCCCCUCCAAGGUGUGGGGGUGCUGGCUGAGCUUUUGGGCUGGGAAGACUGCCUAAGAAUCUGAGGCUGGGGGGAAGCUUUGAGGUAGAGCCCCUCUGAAGCACAUUUGGAAAGAAAGAGAGCCAUGAGGAGAGGGCUGAGGAGGGACAGAGGGCUGGGGCCAGGGGUGAGUCAGGGUCCCUUCCCUUUCCCAGCGUCUUCUCUAAGAUACACAGUGCAAUAGCUCCUCAUCCCUCAGUUGACACCAGCCCUGUAAAGCUGGCCACAAAGUGCAGGGAAAGCUGGGGAGAGGAACUUGAGUGAAGUGACUCAGUGGGAGCGGGCCUUGGUCCCUUCGGGAUGCUGGAGGACCAGAAAUCCUUUCAUCCAAGGGCACGUGUGAGUGAGGAGACUCGCUCCUCCUUGCACAUGUAUACUCCCAGAGGAGUGGACAUUAGGAUGGGGUGUGAGGGUGGGAGAGGGGGCCAGGAGAUCUGCAGGAGGCCUGCCUCCCUUCUUUCCUCCUUGGCCCCUCUCCCCAGCCCUCCUCCCGGCUCCUGCUCAUGCUCCCGAACAGCUCCGGACCCCACCUGCCUGCUCUUGGCACCCUCAUCGUCUGGCUACCUCCUGUCCCACCACCCCCAGGCCGCAUCCCACCUUCCCUCUUGGCUACUGUAAUUGUAAAUAGCAACCUUUGGAAAAGUUAGCAGUGUAACAGUCCAGGAAACUGGUUUUUUGUUGUUGUUGUAUUGAUAUGAAAUGAGAUUCUAUUUUUGUCAAAGUAUAUUGUAAUAAUAAUGACUCAAACGCCCGUACUGUACAGAUGAGGUUCUUCUGCUGUUGUUCUUGCUCCCCUCCCCUUGCCUCCUAGUCUGCCUCUCUGCUGCCUCCCCAGGUCCUGGGACCUCAGGCUGGAUGACAGGUCGAACUGGAGGGGUAGGCCCCUAGCCCAUGAUCCACACCACCCUUACCCUAAGGUUCAUGGGUAGGCAGACUGGGAUCUUGCCCCACUCCUUCAUGUAAGCCCAGCUCCUCUGCCCAAGGGGCAGAGCACUCCCUUGGGGUUUCAUCCUGGUGGGAAAGCAGAGUAGACAAGGCCCAGUUUCAUGCCAGGUGACUACCUUUGCCCACCUCUAUGACCCAGACAUUUGCAGUAUUUGUUCCAAUAUGAGGCAGGGAAGGAACCAGAAGCAGAGGGGCAUGUGGCUGCACAUGGACUUGAGUGUAUUCAAGAGGGCAUCUAGUAUUUGUAUGUCCAAGUGUCCCUUUGUAUUUGUGUGUAUGGCUGUGUGGGUCUCAGCCUGUCUAGGCAUACACAUCAUACGCGACUUGAGCUCUGAAGGCGUCUGUGUGCAUGCAUAUGAGCAUGUGCCUGGGUAUAUGUUUACAGAGAGACAGGUGGCUGUUGUAGCUACAUCGCCCUGGCUUCUAGUUCCAUGACCCUCCUCCCUGAGCCCCACUCCCUUCUGCCCUGCUCCUUCACCUGUUCUCACCCUUGGCUCUGAUAUUUUUGUCCUGUGGUCAGAAGGGAUCUAGCAGUUGGCCCUCCUUACCUCUCCCUGCAGCCCUGCCUCUCCCAGGCUCCACGCACAAUUGUCCACCCAGUACCCACACCUUUACACACAGCCCCUUCCCUGGAAUAACCUCUUUCCCUCACCCCAGUCCUGCUUUCAGGGUGACACUCAAGUUCCUCUUCCUCCCUAAAGCUUUUUCCUCACCUGAUCAGUUCCUCACACCUUAACCCCUACCUGCUGGCUGGGCACACAGCGUGUCCAGUCUUCCUGCAGGUUCCUAGAAGGAAUUUCAAGAAUCGAUGAGACUUGAUCAGGGCCAUGAAAGAAGAGGAUGUAGUCUUGCAUGUGUGUGCAUCCCCAGAGCCUUGCCCAGUGCCUGGCACAUAGUUGGCACUCAAUAAAUGCUGAAUGAGUGAAUGGUGUAUGAUAGGUGCUCAAUAAACAUUGAAUGACUGGCCUUCCCUUCUCAGGCUAUUCCUGCCAUCAGUCUGUCCACCUUUCUAGGCUGGACUUGGCCACCAUUAAACACGGGGUGGGGGUGAGGGCCCCUGCAGUUCACGGUGCAAUAUUUACCAGUUUUGCCCUCUGCCUUGUAAUGGCAAACCUGGUUUUUGAUUACCAUGUGUGGAUGUGUGUGUCCCUUCUUCUCUAUCCCUGGGGACAGGGGGUGGUCUGUGAAUGAAUGUGUGACAUUUCUACAAUUCAUUAUCCCAAGAUUUCUCUUGGGGGUAGGGGCUCCUGGCCGGCCAGAUGAGGGUCCCUGGGAACCCAGACCUCAAGUGCAGACUUCAUUUCUUCCUCUUCUCACAAGCCAAAUUUGCCUCCACCCACUCCUUCCUCUGAAUAACUGGGCAUUUGCCAAAGUAAUCACUGGAGUCAUCCAAUGCUCCUCCCCUCCCCAGGUUUCCCACAGCUUUCAGGGACAGUGGGCAAGAGGACCCCCACCCCCACCCCAGUUGAACACACCAUUUCCCCUUCUCCCAGCAGUGCACUCAGUACAGCGAGACUGACCCCUGACCCUUACCCAGCCCUCCCCACCUUGGACAGGAAGGAAGUAAUGCACCUUCUCUUGCUGAUUAUUUAUUUGUUUGGAGAGACAGAAAUGAUGUAAAAGUGUAUCUAGAAAUAUCUAUAUCUAUAUAUUUUUAACUGACUCUUUGGAUUCCCCUGGGGUGGGGUGGGGGGUGAAUUUAGGCUUUCAUAGAGGGGAGGAGACAUGGAGCCUGGGAACUCCUCUGUUCUCCCCUCUGCCACCUCUCUCUACCCCCUAAACAGUUGGUAGAAGGAAUGGGAUUUGCAUUGGGGGAGGGGCGCUGGAAUGUUAUAUGGAGAAUCUGGAUUCUCUCUGUCUUCCCCAUUCAAGUCCCAGAGGGAGGAAGGGGACAGGCCACGGAGGUGCCCCAUCCCCAAACCCGACAAUCACCCACACUCCUGGGGCUCCUCCUGGGUCCUGGGCAGGGCGAGUCUAAGUGUGUGGCUGUUGAUUUGUUUUCAAUAUUUCUUUUCGUGCUGUAUGGUGAUGCUUUCUUAGUAUUCUACACAAUAAGAAAGACAAAGUCCUCGAGAUUCUUAUGAGUUUUGUUUGAAAACUCUUUUCACUAUAUUUGUUGUAAAGAGGUUUACUAUUAAAAGAAAAGAAUACACAUUUCUGAUACUUUGGCUUGGGUUCUGGUUUCUCCAGUGCGGUCGGCUGAGGAGGGAAGGAGGGACUGCGACCCCACCAUGGGGAGGCCAAGCAUCACAUCAGGGGGAAAGAGUGGUGUUAGCCUUCAGGGCGGGCACUUCAGGUGACUGAAGUGGGGUUUCAGGUGAGAAUUUCUCUCUUCCAGGUGCUCUGUCAGAAGCAGAGGCAGCCUCAGAACUGUGGAGGAUUGCCUUGUUAGGAGCCGUAGGAGGGAUCCUGGGAUACAAGAGAAACAAAAAUUCCACUCAAGGCUAGGUCAGGAACAGGAUGGUGUGCAAUGAGGGAAGAGAACCUUCGACGACUGAAAACUUGUCCACAGCAGGGACUUGCCGAGGCACCAUGUUUGGUACAGAUGAAGUUCCCCUUCACAGUGGUCCCACAGAGCUCACUCCAGUAGGGGCAUCUGCCCUCCCCUCCCUUUUGAAGCACUUUAACAGUGCCAGGGAGCCUCUCCCUACCCUCU